AUGCAUUCCAAUUUUCAAGCAAUAGCGAGUGGGCUUGUAGUCAUACUGGCAACAGGCGUCCUCGGCGCCUCUGAGGACCCUUGUACUGAGAUAAGCAACAGCUACGCACGAGAGUCCAGCAGUCAAAAAAGGGUCCAUGUCCCAGCACAACUGGCUGUGGACUGCUUGACAUCAAUGCCCUUUGAUUCCGAGAAAGGGGUAUCUUUCAUUGAUGAAUAUUCAAAGUAUCUUGAAUUCCAGUCGGAUCUAGAGCUCCUAGCCAACCCCCCUCCUUCAUCUUUGUCGAACAGGGUUGACCUGCGUGCCGGUUUGCAAAGCAUCCGAAGCUACGCGUCUCGAGGCCUUUAUUCCAACCAGUUUCACUUUGACUCUGACUUAAUGGACCUUAUAAACUCCGCCAAUGAUGGCCACCUGCUUAUUACACCCUGCUCCUCCACUGCCUUCACGUUUAUGGCUUCCGAUCUUGUGCUUGUUUCUAUUUCGGUUGAUGGGGUAUCUUCUCCACAAGUCUAUACACAACAUGAUGCAAAGCUGCUUGCUGCCGGGCUGAACGAUAUAUCCCCGGUUACGUAUAUCAACGGCGUCGGCGCCGCCGCGUUGAUUGAAUACCAAUCCCGGUUUCAGCGAUUGCAGGACCCGGAUGCCAGAUAUAACAUGAUGCUCAGCAACCUUCCAUAUAACGGACAAGGUGUUUCUAACAGCGAGCCAUUCGCAGCUGAGACUGUCUGGCGCGAGACCAGCAGCUACUACUUGACAUUUGCCAACCAGAGUUCUCAGUCUUACGACGUGCUAGCUGUAGUUACUGCCCCUGGCGGCUUUAGCUACAAGUCUGGUUCUGAUCUUUUUGAAGGCUUGUGUGGUACGACAACAUCGCCAACAACAUCACCAUCGGGAACACCAUCGACAUCUGCAUCCGCUUCUGCGCCAGCGGUUCCUAGCAGCACAUCCACUCCCCCGCCAACCACUUACCCAACCCCGGUAAUGAGAGAGGAGCACAAUUUAGUGGUAGGCUACUAUCCCGAUGAACCCGGUCUUGAAGACGUCGCUGUUCUCAGCGUUCCCACUUUUGAGACCGCAGACGCCACGGGCCUGGAUGCUCUCGCUCCCUUUGCCGAGAUUGCUCAAUACUUUGUUGGAAACGCAACUUUAGAUGGGAAAAAGAGAAUUAUCGUGGACGUUCAAAAUAACGGCGGUGGCGUCGUUGAUUCAGGAUUUGCCCUCUUCAGCGUCUUCUUUCCGAACGAGACUCUCUAUUCGGCGACACGUUUCCGAGCCCACGACGCAUUGGACUUUAUGGGUACCAUUUUCAAUGGUAUUAACCCAGACAAUGUCAGUGAAACUAUCCAAGAAGGUCUUAGUAGUAGUGGACUUGUUGUUCAACUCAUGGAUAAUCCCAAUCAAGAGUCUACAUUCGGCAAUUGGAAUGAUUUCUUCGGCCCUUACGAUGCGGAUGGAAUUCCAUCUACUUCCCUAGUAGCCGAGUUCAAUUUCGGCGUUGAGGCUAAUCCUUCUACAAACCCAAUCAACACCGACGGACUAGGUGGUGACUUGAACUCAAUGACGCCCCCAUUCGCUCCAGAGGAUAUCAUCGUCUUGACUGAUGGCCGGUGUUCUUCUACUUGCACCAUAUUCACCGACCAUAUGAUCUCAAAAGGAGUUAAAACUGUUGCUAUGGGCGGUCGGCCCAGUUCCAAUCCCAUGCAGGCUAUCGGUGGAAUUAAAGGAUCUCAAGUUGAAGUUCUAUCAAAUAUCGACACCGGUUCUCAACUUGCUGUGUCCCUCCUUAACGGUUCGAUUACAGCCGGGACACCCCUUCUCACCACAGAAAACAUGACACGAUUUGAGAAAGUCAUGCCUAUCCCUCUGGAGAACUUUCCAUUACCGCUAGCAGCUGGUGACAGGAAUAGCAUCAAUUACCGAAAUACGUACACUAAAACUGAUGAAACCACUCCAACUCAAUUUGUAUACGAACUUGCGACAUGUCACUUGUUCUAUACUGCUCAGACUUUGGUAAAUCCUGCGGUCACUUGGGCGCAGGCUGCCAAUGCAACUUGGGGCUCCGGAUCUUGCGUCGGUGGCAUUCAGGCGGGCAACAGUAUUGGCUCGCAGAGUUUCGAUGACAAUGUCAGUUCUAACAGCGAGAACGACAGUGUGUCCUCUCCUGGAACGCACACUGCUCUUGGGUUGUUGUUAGCUCUUGGAUCAGGUAUGGACUGA